AAAAUAAUUUAAUUUGGCAUCGUCAUGAAACAUUUAACUGGAUGCUACAGUAACCCAACCACGAGGUUACGAUUUUGUAAGGGAAUAUGCCCCAUUAAUAAUUCCGUAAAAUACUCAAUGUUGCAUUAGUGGCUUCACUACUAGCACGACCAAUUGUUGUAACCGUUCCGGAGAUUUAUAUAGGUUACAUAAAUGUCACCACAAAUAUUUGCCACAAUGCAGCUUAGAAAUUACAGGGUAAAUUUUCUCACAAUUUUACUGUUGGUGGGCACCCUGAGUAGCGGAAAGCUGGUACGAAAGAAGCACGUUGGAAAAGAAAAGAUACCUCAGUGGCGCAUUGAACAACAGAUCUCUGGACUUGGAAAAAUUGUGUUCCGAAAUGGACGAACCUUUAAAAAUUUAGGGGAUUCGAUAAGGAAAGAGGAAACCAAAUUAACAGUGUUUCACAUCGCGCCCCACGCCCGCGAAAUCACAGCACAUCCCAAAAAUGCUGCUCGGAUAAUUCACCUUAUUGCUACUAUCAUUGGUCAAAUAUUAGGAGCCCCCCUUGCGAUUAUUAGAGCCAAUGCGUCCCUUGUCGACGAUUUGGGCGCGGACUCUCUCGCCGUGCAUAAAAUCUUGUUUGCGCUUCGGGAAAAAUUCGAAUGUGAUGGCCCUAUUGAAGACUCCGAUGAAUUUAAAUUCGUCAAAGACGUGAUUAAUUAUGUUGAAGCGAAAUGUUCUAAGAGGUGAAGUAAGUUACAUAGUUAAGUAAUUAAGUAGGUAAAUGAUUUUGUGUUCCGCAUAUUCGUGGCAUCUUGUUUAUAUAUCAAGAAUUAUAAAUUUGUCUUUUUUUUACUUGAUGCACUCUGGUAAAUUUUACAUUACAAUAAAUUGGUAAUACUUUUUUUAAGAAUAUAGUCCUCUGGAUAAAUUGAAUAUUUGAACAGCUUUUAAUAAAAUUAGUUUAUUCUAAAUAUUUGGUGUAAAUGAAAUUUUUCGUUUUUUUUUAUAAAACAUUCGACCAAGUGGAAUGCAAUACGGUGAAUCGAAUAAAAGUUAACCAGCGAACUCUGUCCUUUAAUCGGGCUAAAUGAAAUCUGCAAUUCUGCACUAGGUUAUUACAUAUAAUGAUAAUUUGACCUGCUGAUGUAGAAUUUUAGAA